UUCCAGGCGUCCAAUUGAAGAGCGGGUAGUGAAUGCCCUAGGAAAACAAUGGCAUGUCGAGGUAAGUUAAUUUAUUGCAAUAAAUCCUUCUUCAAAUUCCUCACACUUUUGUGAUCCAUUUUAGGUCUUAAAUUGUCCUCAUUCCCAAAUAUGAUCUACUUAGUAAUAACGGCGCUACCAUAAAAAAUGAUGAAAUCGCGAUGUGUCAUAAAUUUCCCUGAAAACAAUUCAAACUUUUUAACUAAUGCACUUGAAUGGAAUACUAUAAGAGCAGAUUAUAGCGGCGGUUACAGUGUUUUGCUUCAAUAGUAUAGUGAUAGUACAGACCGAUUUCAGGAUGUUUACUAAAACUAGGAAUAAGAAAUAUAAUCUUCGUCAAAAAGCCAACCUCGUGGUAUCACUUUUUAAAUUUUAUAAAAGAAAUGAUUACAAUGUGUACACAAACAUGUAGCAAACGAUCUCAGGGGAGGUGUGCACCUCCCAGCAUCUUUCCUCAAAAUCCGCCCAUGGUUGAAGGGGCAGUGUCACGGUCCUACUGCGCAUCCAAAAUAUGCGCCAACAAUUAGUCAAGUUAGGAGUGAAAUACGAUAUACUAUUUAUAAUCCCUUCGUUAUGCAGGACAUGAAGACAUCCUUGCAGCUUUAUUUUAAAAAUUGAAGACUGUUGCAUCUUUUCCAAUCAUGUAGCAUUAAUUUUAAGCGUUUCUUUGCGCCGUUUAUUUUAGCCAAUCAGCGCCGUGACACUGCCCCUUUAACAACUUGGGAACAAGUAUUGGGAACACAUCCUGAUAACAAGUUGUUGAAACAGCAUUGUUACAAGUCUGCUAGAGGUUACUUGUGCACAUUUCGGUAGUUGACGUCUAGACAAACAUUGUUUGAAAUCCAAAACGCGCAGCAAAACUAGACUAGUACUUUACUGAAGUACGAGAUAUAAGAACUUCAGCCUUUGUAAAUAUAACGUUAUUAUUUUCUUGUAGCAUUUUGUCUGUGCCAAGUGUGAGAAACCUUUCUAUGGGCAUCUUCAUUAUGAGAAGAAUGGAUUGCCGUAUUGUGAAACUCAUUAUAACGAGGUACGGUAUAAAUACACUACUACACAUGAAGUUAUUUUUGCGUUGUAUAAACUAAAGCAUUCCGACCGAGACUGCAUGCGCCACCAUUCGGUGACUGCAGUCUCGCCGGACAAGCGCUUUUCUUGGGUCUGAUUCUCUCGUUGGCCACGUAAAAAGAGUCCGUCAACGCUUUGCCGUAAGUCGUGGGUUUUUUCGAGUGCUCCGAUUUCCUCCCAGGUGGGUUAGGAUUAGAGCUGUGCGGUUCCAAAAAUUUUAUCUCGGUUCCGGUUUCGGGUUUUUUUGGAAAAAAACCUCGGUUCGGUUCGGUUUCGGUUAUUUUUAAAAAAGAAGAACAGUGCAAAUGUAUGAAUUCAUUUAUGUAUGUUUCGAGCAUUUUUACUAAAUAGAUGAAUUUAUGCCUUUGUAAGUUUGUAUAAAUCUCUGAAUAUUUUAAAAGAACAGUUGGAAUUUAUUUAUGAAGAUGUAAUAUUUCUUAGUUUUUAAAAAAAUUUAAAGCAAGUUCACAAAAAUAACUAUCACAGCUAAAAUAUCAACUAUUUGAGCACUUAGUACAGUGCAUAUUGUGCACAAAGAGCACAAUCUUGUUAUUUUCCAAACAUUUCAACCUGCAAUCAGGUGGGCGUUUGGAGGGCGUUAAACGGGAAAUUAAAACCGAAACUACCGGUUUUUUGCGUAUAGUUUUUCGGUGCUGAAAAAAGUACCGGAAGAACCGAAUUUUUCGGUUAACCGCACAGCUCUAGUUAGGAUAAACACAGUUAAUUAAGAAAGUAAUUAUCACAAUCCAUUCUUGACAUCUCCAACCCUGUGAAUUUAGAUCCGUGGGUAUGGUAACAAUACAAUAUUGUAGCUUUGUCAUCAUAAAACAACCCGUAGCUACAUAGCUAAAAAUCCUCGUGGGUAACGCUCCCUGGAAUCAACGUGAAAAUUAAACGUAAUGUCUCCUCACGUGCACAUUGAACUGUAAUGCGCGUGCAUGAGUAGUAGAAAGAGGAAAUUACGACGCGCAAUUUUAGGAGCGGUGCGAAAAACAUUCUGCAAUAGGCAAUUAUCAAAUAUUCUGGCGUCUCUCCUUAUGAGUUUGAAUCAGUCUGAUAGAAAAUGCAACCAAAAUGUGUUACAGCUAUUGCUCUGCAGCUCUCAACUACAUGGAAUAAGCCAAUAUGCGAGAGAUGUAAUUUUGUAUUGGUUUAUUUUUCUAGUUGUUUGGAGAAGUAUGUUUCAAAUGUAAUCAUGGAAUUGUAGGUGGUGAAGGUGUGUACCCCAUUAAUCAAACAUUUGACAAUUAUUGAAUGAGG